AACAGUGUUCUUUCCUGAUCUCUGGUCUCGACUGGAGUUGAAGCUGAAUUUUACAAGAAUGGACGAAUCGUUGAUAUUGAGCAUGUUUGGACACUGAAGAAUAUACUUUCGAAAUCUGCACUGUUGCUGCUGUUGUUGCUGUUGCUCGCGGGGUGCCAUCAUGAGCAGGCUCUCCACAAGGGCCCAUAAGUCCUGCAUUUCUCAAAGAUCAGGGAAUAUAAGCUAGAGCUGCGACAUCUGAAUUCAGUGGCGUCCUAGAAACCCAAAGUUGCAGGAGUGGGUUAGAGUGACUUUCUCGGGACCACCCCAUGCCCAAUGCGGGGAGGCCGUUGGGCCAAGGUUCGAGCUCACAGGCGGCUGACUUCCUGAAAUGCUUGCGUCCUCUCUCCCGCGAAUUGUCCACUGAACCACCGUUAAGAGGAAAUUGUCGAGACCGGGAAGCUUUAGAGAGGAGAGAUCCGAAUUGGUGUAGAGGCCCCCCCUCGGCACUCAGUCCUUCCGCCCGUGAUGGCCACGGGGUCUGAUUCAAGCACAUAAAGCACCAUCAUGAUGGAAGAUAUGAUGUAAUGAUGAUCAACCUUGUAAUCAAAUUCUGUACAAACUUCUCAACUUGGAGAAAAUGCCUCGCAACCACCACACCAAAUGCUGCAUCGGCGCAUCCUAAAUUGUCCACACAGACUUCAACAAUGGCACCUAACUGGUGAAGUGCCCCAUCCCACAGGGGAGAGAAUGAGAACAAUGAUAUGCCCAUCAAAAGCUCAUAUCCGAGACCAGAGUACCUGUGACUGAAUACAUGACCUUCCUGCCUUCGGCGGCGCCAGAUGGAACCCCGGAAUCACUCGCUGGAUUGCCAACAUUUUUGUUUCCCGUCAGUCUCAACUUUCUAUUUUUUAC